AUGAGCAUCAGGAUCAUCUCCCUGGCCAUCCGAGUGGUCAAGAACACACUCUCUGACACCCGGUCCAAGGUGAGGAUGGCCAUGCUCCGCAUCAUCGGGCAGCUGGCCCUGUCCGGAUUCCAGGACAGGAUCAAAGGCUGGGGCCUGAAGUUCGUGUCUGUGCAGCUGACCUUGUCCACCUACAAACUGGAAUUUUGGGUGAGGCUCCCGUGCUAUAUCAUGGAGACGGACUACACGGAGGCCUUGACCCCCAUCUGCGGCAGCCUCACCAACCUGGCUGAGCGCCAGCUGCACGCCAAGGACGAGCAGGCCAGCACAAGCAAGAACAGGCACGUGGAUCUACCCGUGCUGCAUAUUCUGCUGGCCCAACUCCUGGUACUGAUGUCGCCCCCUACAAGGGGGAGGGCCGCGGAAUUGCCAUGCUCAACCUUCUGA